UCGAAGUUCUUUAUAUUGAUUACGGUAAUACUGAGAAACUGCCCAAAUCAAGGGUAAAGCGCAUGCUCCCUCGUUUUGCCGAGUUAAAUGCGCAAGGCUUUACAGCAAGCUUGGUCAGCGGUUCCACUGCAGAUAUAACGAAAGCAAAAGAUGCUGACGAAGGUCUAGAGGUGAUGGUUGAACUUUUAAAUCUGAACAACAAUAUUUACGAAGUUGAGGUUCAUGACAUGAAUGGCGAAAGAUUGUUUAAAUCCAAAGAAAAUGUCGAAAAUGAACCAGGCGAUAAAACUAUCAAAAGUUUUUCAAGUGCUCACAAUUUGAAACCAAGUACGCAGUGGGAUGUUUGUGCAUCGCAUUGUGAAAGUCCCAUGUUGUUCUAUCUUCAACUGGUGAAAAAUAAAGAUAUUUUAGAGAAAAUUAUGUCUGAACUGGAUGACGUUUACUCUCAUCUUACUGCAGAAGAUAACAUGAUCACGAAUCCUGUGAUUGGAAUGACGUGUGUGGCAAAAUAUCCUGUUGACAAUGGUUGGUAUCGAUCUCAAAUUCUUGACAUCCCUUCGCCAAACCAAAUCAACGUUUUUUACAUCGAUUUUGGAAAUUGCGAAAUUGUUGAUUUGUCGAGCGUAAAAACUCUCGCCCCAGCCUUCUACAGCACACCCGUUCAAGCUGCGAGAUGCCGUUUGUAUGGUGCCGAGGAAAAAACGUGGAGUGAGUCCGAGUGCGAAAUGUUCGAGGGCCUGGUACUAGAGAAACAUUUGAUAGCAGAAGUUAAGUCACUAGAUGGCGACGAAACGACAUUAAUUGUCGAUUUAUUUGACACAAGUGGGACAGAAAAUGUGAGAAUCUUUGAUGAACUUGUGAAAAAAUCUUCAACAACAAAAGCUAGCGGUCAACGAAACCUUCUCAAACUUUCGUCACUACCGAAACUGGGGUUGAAGGAUGUCGAGGAUGUUUUUGUUGAGAGUGCAGAGUCUCUUGAUAACUUUGUGUGUCAGCUCUCACGGUUCAACAACAAUAUAGAAACAUUAGCUGACAUGAUGUACGAUACAUACCAGCAGGAAACCGCUCCUGACUUUGUAUCCACACCUUUGCAAGUAGAUGACGUCAUUGCGGCUCUAUAUUCCGAGGAUGAAACCUGGUACCGAGCUUCUGUCUCGAAACAUAUAAACGAUGGUGAUAUUGAAGUUAUGUUCAUCGACUACGGUAAUUCUGAAAUCAUCCCCAAAUCUGAAAUAGGAAAAGAGUUCGUUAUUUGA